AUAAUGAUCUCCCUGUCUGAGAAACAAAACCCCAAAACAUGAUCCCCUGUCAAAUGAUAUUAACCUCAGGUGCUGGUGCAUGCAUGGCAGCAAAGCAUUUCCAUAUAUCAUUGUAAUUAGUUUUAACCAGCCAAUCUGGCCAUGGAAGGCGGCAAAGCCGCGGCUCGGAAAGUGAUGGUGAUUGCAGAUGCCACCCGUGAAUCAGCAUCUGCUCUUCAAUACACUCUGUCUCAUGCAAUUCUUGAUAAUGAUAGUUUGAUUCUCCUCCAUGUUUCCAAUAAUAAUCUUCGGAAGCACUCGUUUUCCUUCUUCAAGAGAUCGGGGACUAAUAACAACAACAACAACAAUAACAAUAACAAUAAUAAUAAUAACAAUAAUAAUAAUCAUAGCAGCCCCAGAGCCGCGGCAUCAGAGCCUAAUGUUCGUUGUAAUUCCUCCAAUUCUUCAAAUUCUGGGGGCGGGGCUAGCGUAGACUUGAGUUUCUUAGAAGAGAUGAAGCAAGCGUGCAAGAAAGCUAUGCCAAAGAUCGACGUGUCAAUGGAGGUGGUGCCAAUGGAAGGCAAAGAUAAGGCUGGUGUUAUUCUGUCUCAAUGUUCAGAACUCGGAAUUGAUCUGCUUAUUAUUGGACAACGCAGAACCUUGUCCACGGCUAUUCUAGGGAAGCAAAGGAGGAGCUCACCAUUAAAAGGAGACAUGGUAGAAUACUUGAUUGAGAACAGCAAAUGCACCUGUGUAGCAGUUCAUAAGAAGGGCCAGCAUUCCGGCUACCUGCUCAACACCAAAACCCAGAAAGAUUUCUGGCUCUUAGCAUGACAUUCCAUUUAACCGCUAAUGCUGUGUACCAAAGUUUAUUAUUGGAAGGGAAGUAAGAGUAAGAAACAAAGACUACAUACUCUCUUGCUUGUGUUCCCAACUUCUCUUGUUGCAAACAAAUAAAGAAAAUUAGAGGGAACCCUCACAUAUUUGUUUCC